AUGUCGAUCUCAAGGUUCAGCUGCACUCACCUAGUAGUCGCAACGAGGCAGAUCGUAUCCAGACGCUUUCUCGCGAAGAUGAGCCAGACGCAGCCGAGGAGGCCGGCGUCCUCCGAGCAGGGCCAGGACGGCGCCAUCCGGUACGGCGACGUGUUCCCGGCCGUGAGCGGCGGCCUCGCCAAGAAGCCCGUGGCGCCGCAGGACGCGGCCACGAUGCAGUCUGCCGAGACACUGGCGUUCGGGGAGACGAUCAAGGGCGGGCCGGCGGCCACCAUGCAGUCCGCGGCCACGCGGAACGAGCGCAUGGGCGUCGUCGCGCAUGACCAGGCCACGGACGUUGCCGCCGAGCAGGGCGUAUCCGUCUCCGAGACGCGCGUCCCCGGCGGGCGCAUCGUCACAGAGUUCGUCGCUGGGCAGGCCGUGGGUCAGUACCUCGAGCCGGAUGCCGCCGCCGCCGCCGGGGGCGGCGUUGAUGAGACGAAGAUAACAAUCGGCGAGGCCCUAGAGGCUGCGGGCUUCGCAGCAGGGACCAGGCCGGUGGAGCGCAGCGACGCGGCGGCGAUCCAGGCAGCCGAGGUGAGGGCCACCGGCAUGGAUGGCAACAUUCCCGGUGGGUUGGCCGCGCAAGCGCAGUCAGCGGCCGACGCCAACGCCUGGGCUGCGCGCGACGUCGACAAGGCCACGCUCGGCGACGUCCUCUCGCAUGCGACGGCGAAGCUGGUUGCGGACAAGGAGGUGGAGACCGAUGACGCGGCGAGGGUGGCGUUCGCGGAGACACGGAAUAAGCAGGACGUGACGGCGAGGCCUGGCGGGGUGGCCGCGUCCAUGGCUACAGCCGCGAGGCUCAACAAGUAGUAUAGGACGCGCGCAUAUGUAGACAAGAGCAGCGCGCAUGUGUAGGCAGCGCGCGCCUUCCAGAGUUUCCGUUUGUAGUGUAUGGAUUAGUCUCGAGUUCUUC